AUUUGCACGCUGGCUUCCCUACUAGGCGGAUGGCAUGGGUGAGUCGGCAAGUGGUUUCGUGACUCGCACGGGGUGGUUUUCAGCUCCCGAGGUGACCCCCACUUUGGAACCUCUGAGCGACGGUUCCUCGCUGCCGGACAACUGGAUGUCCUGGACGAUGCUGCCGGCGCCGCCACCACCACUUUCGUCGCUUCCCGCAGCAGGGUCCGAACCUUCCCCAGGGGCGCAGCCCCCCGCGGAGGCCCAGAGGCUCCCCAAGGCGCCUCCCCCCUUUGACGCCCAGAUUCUUCCCGGGGCACAGCCCCCUUUCGACGCCCAGUCCCCCCUUGAUUCUCAGCGUCAACUCAAUGGCCAGCCUUCCUGGAAUUUCCAGGCUUCAACAUCAUGGUACUGGCCACAGUCUCCCGGUGUUUUUCCUUGGCAUUGGCAGCCCCACAACCCUCCGGUUAAACAUUCUUAUCUUCCACGAAAACAUGAUGCAAAAGUCAAUGACUUCAACAUCUCUCCCAGGAGAAAACAGAAAAAAAGGAAAAGAAAGGAACCAGUUUUUCACUAUUUUUGUGAUACCUGUGAUCGUGGUUUUAAAAAUCAAGAGAAGUAUGAUAAACACAUGUCCGAACAUAUGAAAUGCCCUGAGGUAGAUUGCUCUUUUAGUGCACAUGAGAAGAUUGUCCAAUUCCAUUGGAAAAAUACGCAUGCUCCUGGUAUGAAGAAAAUCAAGUUAGACACUCCAGAGGAGAUUGCAAGAUGGAGGGAAGAAAGAAGAAAAAAUUACCCAACUCUGGCUAAUAUUGAAAGGAAGAAAAAGUUAAAAAUUGAAAAGGAAAAGAGAGGAGCAGUGUUGACAACGACACAGUAUGGCAAGAUGAAGGGGAUGGCCAGACGUUCGCAGAUGGCAAAAAUCAGAAGUCCUAGCAAAUGUCACAAAUGGAAAAAUGGUCAUGCUGGACAGAGAGCAGCCAUUGGGUCAGGCAAUCCUUCGUGUGAUUCGAAGCCUGAAAGUACACCCAAGGCAAAUUCAGACCCUCUGGGUGUUUUGGUAAACACCGAUUCCGAGUCUGAUAAAGAGGAGAAACCACAAAAUGCUGUCAUACCUAAGGAAGUGACACCAGCCCUGUGCUCCCUAAUGAGCAGCUAUGGCAGCCUCUCGGGGUCAGAGAGUGAGCCAGAAGAAGCUCCCAUCAAGACUGAAGCAGACAUUCUGGCAGAAGACCAGGUUCUUCAUAGCAAUACUCCUAAGAAACCAAGUCAAGAUGUUAAAGCAACUGUUAGAAAUUUCUCAGAAGCCAAGUAUGAGAGCCAAAAGAAAAGUUUUAAAACCACAAAUCCUAAGAGGAAAAAAAAUUAUCGCAAUUAUCAAACAUUAUUUGAACCAAGAACACACCAUCCAUAUCUCCUGGAAAUGCUGUUGCCAUAGACUGUGCCCUGCAGUGCAGUGCAUCCUGUGAAACACCGGUCGUGGCUCAUGCUUGGAACACUUUCUGGGUCUUCUUAUAAAGAAAGCAAAUGUCUUCUAUCGAUCUUCCGUACCCAGCCAACUUAAACAAGUCUUUGUACACACCCUGGAGAAACUAUGAUGUCUUCUCUUCAGGACCUUUCGCCCAUUGUGUGAAGGUUUCCACAUUACAGUUUCUGGCGGCUUCAUCUCUGGUUAUUAGCAGCGAAUGCCAUCGUUUCCUGGGUCAAGUAUUUGCAGUUUAGUGUAUAUAUGUUUUUCUGAUUAUUUUUAUGUUUUUAUUUAAUUUAUAAAGCUAAACUAUAGGCUUUAUUUGGAUUCUACUUGUUUUCCAAGAAUAUCCUUUUUGAUGGUUCAGUCCAGGAUACCACGUUGCAUUUAGUUGCUGAGUCUCUUAGUUAUCUUGUUUUUAGUUGUUGUUGUUCAAUGUCAAAAGUAAUAUGCUCAUUGUAAAAAUUCAAAUAAUCCAGUAGUAUAUAAGAUUAAAAAGUGAGGUUUGUUCUGUCCUAUUCCCUUCUCAUAUUCCCCAGAGAACCACUGUUCACUGGUGUGUAUU